AUGCCUCUCCCAUUAAGUCAAAGAAAAUCAUUAAGAGAUAAUGAAGAACACUUAAAAAAUGCUCAUGAAACAAUUAAAUCAGCAUUAGGAGUUGAUUGGACUUUUGAAUUUGAUUUUGAUCUUAUUACAUCAAAAUGUAAAGAUACAUACGUUCAAGAAUCAUUAGGUGAAUGUUUCUAUAAAGAAGUUGCCACCAGUGUUGCCGAAUGUAUUGCAGAACAAACCAAAGAUGAAAUGAUUAAAGAAGCUUUAUUAGAAGCCAACACCAAUCAAAAGAUUAUUGUUGCACCAAAUGAAGAUAAAAAAUUCACUCAAUAUUGGGCAUACGAAUUUGUUAAUGGUGAUUUAAGAGUUCACUUUAGACCAAGUAUUGCAAACAUUUCCGAUGUUAAAUAUUUUAAACUUGCAAGUGUAAUUCCAUCACCAGGUGUUUUCUCAUUACCAGCUCGUAUUAAUCUCAAAGAGAAUGCUGAAAAGUUCACUGAAGCUUUAGAAAAAGCUAAAGAAGUUACUAAAAUGGAUUGGUCAUAUGAUGAAAGUUCAUUGGAAACUGUUUAUCCAAAUAUUGAACCAACUUAUCAAGAAAGAAUUGGUGACAUUUUCAGUGAAAUAGUUACAAACAUUUGUUACAAUCUUGCAACAAGAAGUGCUGAUGCAAUGGUACUUGAAGCAUUACAAGAAAUCGCUCCAAAUGCUAAAAUCGUAUUCAAAUUUGAUUCAAAACAAUCUGAUUAUUGGGUUUGGAAAUUUGUUGGUGGUGAUUUAGUUGUAUCAUUCAAAUCAAUUUGUAAUACUGGUGAUAACAGUUAUCUUGAUUUUGAAAAAUUACUUUAA